UUUACUAAUAAUUAGUGUUUUUUUUAUUUCCAUGUGGCCAUUGGAAAGGUAAUAGGAAGAUGAAAAUGGAGUUUGAUGAUGAUAUAAUCGAAGAUGAAAAUUUAAAUAGCCAUAUUGAAUUCCCACCUGAAGUUCAAAAUGCUAUUGAACAGGUUCUUCCAAGUACUGAUCCUUUGGAUCAUCCCGAUUUCAAUGCUGUUGAGUACAUUAAUAAAUUAUUCCCAACUGAACAAUCUCUGUCCAAUAUUGAUGAGGUUACUGGUAGAAUGAAAAUGAAAAUUAGACAGUUAGACGAUGAAAUACGUACUGUAGUUCGUGGUCAGACAAGUGUUGGUCAGGAUGGACGGCAAGCUUUAGAGGAAGCUCAGAAAGCUAUCAAACAGCUGUUUGCCCGUAUAAAAGAUAUAAAAGAUAAAGCAGAAAAGUCAGAACAUAUGGUUAAAGAAAUAACUAGAGACAUUAAGCAGUUGGAUCAUGCCAAACGACACCUAACUGCUUCAAUUUUGACUCUGAAUCAGUUACACAUGCUAGUUGAUGGUGUAGAGAAAUUGCAAGUGUUAGUGAAGAAGCGUCAGUAUGGUGAAAUUGCCAAUCUUCUUCAAGGAGUUACCAAUGUGCUUGAUCAUUUUCAAAAAUACAUGGGCAUUCCACAGAUAGCUCGAUUAGCAGAUAAGUCCCAAAGUAUUAAAGCAGAUUUAACUGAACAGAUUACGAAUGAUUUCCAAAAUGCUUUUGCUGGGCCAAAUUCCAAGCACUUCACUGCAAAUUCACUUCAACAGUUAGCAGAAGCUUGUUUAGUAGUUUCAAUACUUGAACCAAAAGUAAAACGUGAAUUGCUAAAAUGGUUUGUUGGUGUUCAGCUCUCUGAGUAUACUCAUUUAUUUCAAGAAACACAAGAUAUUGCAUGGUUGGACAAAAUUGACAAGCGAUAUGCCUGGUUAAAAAAACACCUUAUUGAGUUUGAAGAAAAGUUUGGGAGGAUGUUUCCUCCUGACUGGGAAGUGAGUGAACAUAUCGCUGUUGAGUUUUGCCAUAUCACUAGAAAAGAACUUGGAAAAAUAAUGAUAUCUAGGAAACCUGAAAUAAAUGUGCGACUUUUGCUGGGUGCUAUAGAAAAAACAACCAGCUUUGAAUCUCUUCUAGCCCGGCGGUUUUCAGGUGUUACAUUGGAUUCAACUGUCAUUCAUCAGUUCCCGAAAAAAGAAGCUCCAAAUCCAUUUGAAGAACCAGAAGAAACCAAUCCUUUCAAGGAAGAUAUUAAGAAAGAAUUAGAAACUCCUUCUGAAACCAGUCAGGCUGAAAAUGCAUCAAUUAUAAAAGUAAAGAAUCCCUUUCAAGGUAUAAUUUCUCGAUGCUUUGAACCACAUUUAAACAUAUAUGUUGAAUAUCAAGAUAGAAAUCUUGCUCAAUUGAUGGAUGGGUUUGUGGAAGACAUGCAGAAAGCGGAGCUUCCGAAACCUGAAGUUGAUCAAGCUAAUGUCCUGCCAUCUUGUGCUGAUCUUUUUGUAUUCUACAAAAAAUGCCUCGUUCAAUGUUCUCAAUUGAGCAUUGGACAACCUAUGUUAGCACUCACAGCUGUAUUUCAAAAAUAUUUGAGAGAAUAUGCCAACAGAGUCUUGCAAAAUAGUUUACCAAAAGUUGGAAAUGCCCCAUCUUCUGCAAAUUUGAUUCAAAGUUUAUUGAAGGAAGGAGAAGUUACUAGAUUUAGUCCUGCAGAACAGAUUCAUAUUUGUAGCAUUCUGACCACUGCAGAUUAUUGCUUAGAAACUACAUUACAAUUAGAAGGAAAACUGAAAGAAAAAGUGGAUCCAACCCUUGCAAAUCAAGUUAAUCUUGUUGCAGAACAGGAUGUUUUCCAUAAUGUGAUAUCAAACUGCAUACAGCUCCUUGUACAAAAUUUGGAAUCUGCAUGUGAACCUGCUCUUACAGCUAUGAAUAAAAUUCAGUGGUCUGCAUUUGAAACUGUUGGUGAUCAAAGCAGUUAUGUUUCUGCAAUUACUACACAUCUGAGACAGACUUUGCCUUUGCUGAGAGAUAAUUUAGCUACAUCACGCAAAUACUUCACAAAAUUCUGCAUGAACUUUGCAAACUCAUUCAUUCCAAAGCUAAUCUGCCAUCUCUUCAAAUGCAAGCCAGUAAGCCCUAUAGGUGCUGAACAACUUCUGUUGGACACACAUAUGCUGAAAACUGUCUUACUUGAUUUGCCUUCACUUGGAUCUGUUUCAAUGAGAAAACCACCUCCCAUAUAUACAAAAAUUGUUGUCAAGGGUAUGACCAAAGCAGAAAUGAUUCUUAAGGUUGUAAUGGCACCACAUGAAAAUGCUGAGAGCUUUGUGGAAAAUUAUAUGAAACUUCUUCCCGAAUCUGAUAUUACAGAAUUCCAAAAAGUUUUAGAUAUGAAGGUAUAUGCUGUUUUUCAAUUUCAAACAUUAAUUUUCUAAUUUAUUUUGUAUAAAA